GUCAAAUAUACUCACCCUGUACUUCCGGUAGUGCAAUACAGCGAAUGACACUUGAAAACAAAAUGAAAACAAAGUAGACGUCAUUUGUAGCAAAUAAUCAGUUAGCAAUGGACGGAUUCAUGAUGGAGCCCACACUUAACAUCAUCAAAGGCAUGUGCAUCAUGGACAACGAUGGCAAUCGCAUCUUGGCCAAGUACUAUGACAAGAAUGUCUUGCCCACAGUGAAGGAGCAGAAGGCUUUUGAAAAGAAUCUAUUCACCAAAACACAUCGUUCCAAUACGGAAAUUAUUAUGUUGGACGGCCUUACCUGCGUCUACAAGAGUAAUGUGGAUCUGUUUUUCUAUGUGAUGGGCAGUGCCUAUGAAAAUGAACUGAUACUCUUGUCGGUGUUGAAUUGCCUAUAUGACACGAUAAGUUUGAUACUGAAGAAGAAUGUGGAAAAGCGCUUGGUUUUGGAAAAUUUGGAAAUCAUUAUGCUGGCGUUUGAUGAGAUCUGUGAUGGCGGCGUUAUAUUGGAUGCCGAUCCAUCGUCCGUGGUGAAACGUGUGGAUUUGCGCAACGAUGACAUUCCCAUUGCAGAGCAGACCGUCGCGCAGGUGUUGCAAUCAGCGCGCGAGCAAUUCAAGUGGUCCAUACUUAAGUGAGGAAUAUUCGUAUAAAUCUGAUCGUGCAGAGGAGCCAAAAGAAAGAAGUUUUUUAAAGUACAUAUACACAUUUACAUAAGUUGUUUUUUCCAAAAAGCGCAAUACAUUCGAUUUUUAUUGUAAUUAUAAUAUAAUUUAACACCAUUUACAAACAAUAUAUAGCAAAGUAUGUCGACGUUAAAUUAAAAACUUGUCCUGUA